AGGACUCCCACUUCAUCUUACACCCCCCCUCCCCGCUCAAAACCCUAGCCCGCCUCCGCUCGCCCAGCCGAUACUGCCGCCGCCGGGGACGAUGGCGAAGCCUCGUCGCGGCCGCUCCGGCUCGCGCUCCUCCUCCGGAUCUUCCUCCCGCUCCAUCUCCUCCGGCUCCGUCUCGUCCCGCUCGCGCUCCCGCUCGUCGUCGUCGUCCUCCCCGUCCCGGAGCCGCUCCCCUCCCGCACCCAGGCGCAGCUCACCUGGAGCACGGAAAGGUCGAUCACCUUCACCACCUCCUAAAAAAGGUUCACCCUCAAGGAAAGGCCGUUCACCAUCUCCGCCACCUAAAAAGGCUUCACCUCCUAGGAAAGCGUCUCCUCUUCCUGAGUCGGUUGUUCUCCACAUUGAUCAUUUGUCAAGGAAUGUUAAUGAGGCUCACUUGAAAGAGAUAUUUGGAAACUUUGGUGAAGUGGUGAAUGUGGAGCUAGCAAUGGACCGAUUGGUUAAUCUUCCUCGUGGGUAUGGAUAUAUUGAAUUCAAGAAGAAAACUGAUGCUGAGAAGGCUCUUCUUUACAUGAAUGGUGCGCAAAUUGAUGGAAAUGUUGUUAGGUUGAGAUUCACUCUUCAACCACGCCAAAGGGCUCCUUCACCUAUGAAGGCUCCUCCCCCUCCAAAAAGAGAUGCUCCUCAGAAUGAGAAAGCUGCUAGCAGUGCUGAAAAGGAUGCUCAGCAGCGUCCUAGGGAACCAUCUCCACGAAGAAAGCCAGCUUCACCUCCACGAAAGCGAUCUCCAAAUAGAAGGGCCGAGUCACCCAGGCGUCCACCUGACCCAUCACCUAGGCAUCGUCCUGAUUCUCCACCUGUUCGUCGUCGAGCAGAUCCUUCCCCUGUCAGGCGUGGUGACACACCUCCUCGCCGCAGACCACUAUCUCCAGUUAGAAGGCGUUCUCCUUCUCCACCACCUAGAAGGCAUAGGUCACCGAUGCGUCCUUCACCUAGGAGGGGUCGUGGCAGUCCUUCACCACGCAGACGCUCCCCUGGGCCUCUUAGACGCCGGUCACCACCCCCAAGGCGGUUGAGGAGUCCACCAAGAAGGCCACCACCUCCACGUCGUUAUAGUCGUUCCCCUCCUCGCCGCCCUCUCCACUCACGGUCCAGAUCAAUAUCUCCUAGAAGGGGUCGAGGACCUCCAUUGAGGCGUGGAAAGUCAGAUUCAUCAUAUUCUCGAUCACCCAGUCCUCCAAGAAAGGGGCCAAGAAGGGUGUCAAGGAGUCGCAGCCCUAGGAGGCCUCCUAGAGGAAGAAGCAUCUCUAGUGACAGUCGGAGUAGCAGUUCACCUUCCCCUAGGCGCAGGUAGAACUCGUGACAUUGUGUUUCCGGCAGGUAAAGCCUUUUAUCCCUUGACUCUAUCACUAUCGUUUGCCUGUGCUUGUGAGUUGCUGUGAGCUCAAGUGUUGGUUUGAGGAGACGAUGAGAGAAUUCUUUUGACGGCAAUGCUCCCGAUGGAUCUCGCUUAACAUGCUACGUGGAGUCUCUGGCCUAUGACUUGUACUCAGACAAAUAUCUGCUAUGUUGGUUUAUGUACUUGUUGCCUGUACCGAAGUACUACUUUCUGAAGUUGGUUUUUUCGCUUAGAAGGUCUGGAUCAGAAUAUUUUGUAAUGCCGAAUACUGCUGUGUUGGUUUAUGUACGUAGAAUACUGUCGUCGUGGAAAGUAUUAUUGACUUUCGUUUAA